AUGGCACAAAUCCCAAAAUUCAGUACAUCAAUACAACCACCCCCAGGCCCAAACGCCAAACUAGUCCUCGACACCGGCACCGACACCACAAACCCAAAAGUGUUCAACGACGCAAUAAAAAUCCGCAAAACCGUCUUCAUAGACGAGCAACACUGCACCGCAUCCACAGAAAUUGACAGUGACGAUCCCCGCAGCUGGCACUGGGUCCUAUACAACGACUCGACCAGCACGCCAGUGGGAACAAUCCGACUAGUGCCCCCGCCGCAGGUAUCGCACGCGCAGACCACGGAUCCUGAAUCUUCAGCGGGAGGGGAAUACGAUUGGACGCACGAGCCCUGUGUUAAGCUGACGCGGGUGGCGGUUAUGCCGGGGUUUCGGGGUCUAGGACUUGGGCGGCGGUUGGUGGAGGUUGCGUUGGGGUGGGCGGCUGGGCAUGCGGGGGAGAUUGAUGAGGCUGUGGCGGGGAUUGCGAGGGGUAGAAGGGGGGCGGGUGCCGAUCUGGGUCCGUGGCGGGGAUUGGUGCUUGUGCAUGCGCAGGUUGAUGUCGAGGGGAUGUACGCUGGGCUUGGGUUUGUGACGGAUGAGUCGAUGGGAAGGUGGGUGGAGGAGGGGAUUGAGCAUGUUGGGAUGUUCCGGCGGUUGGUUUUGGAUAAAUAG